AUAUCGAACCAGAAUCUCUUUUAAUUAUACGUGAGAGUCGAAGCUAAAUUAGUCAUAGAGGUGGCCUACACAAAAGGAAAAUAUAAUUUAAACAAGAUAAAUUCUCGAUCUCUUCUAGUUUCUUCAUCUUUCUAUAUAUAUACACACACAUUUCCCCACACUUUCACUUCAAAAUAUUCUUUAGCCCAAGCUUUCAUCUUAUUACUAAUAGAUCGAUGGCUCAGCUCCUUCUAUUUAUGGACAUUCCUUCCAACUGGGUUUCAUAUACUGCUGCAUGGGCCCUCAUCCUCCUCUCCCGCCACUUCCACCGUCGCGGCCGGUUGCUCAACUUGCCUCCUGUUCCGAAGCCCUGGCCCAACAUUAGGAACCUCAACCUCAUAGGCCCACUACCCCACUGCUCCAUCCACGAGCUCUCCAAGAAGUAUGGCUCGUUGAUGAGCCUCUGGUUCGAGUUCUUCACUGUGGUCAUGGGCUUAUUCAUGGAGAUGGCGCAGGCAAUCCUCAAGACGCAUGAAGGACUACCUGUCCGACCUCACCCUCAACGUGAUUAGCCGGAUGGUCCUGGGAAAGAAUUACGCCAAAAAGACCGAGGGAACAUCAAUCGUGACCCCGGAGGAGUUCAAUCAUAUGUUCAUCCUCAACGGGGUGCUCGGCAAUGGUGACUCGAUCCCAUGGGUCAAUUUCUUGGACCUGGAAGGGUAUGUAAAUGGUAACAAUACUGAGAUAGGAAAAGGAUCUUGUAUUCUCGUUAUAUCAUACAGAGGUUACAUGGCCAUAUAUACAAGAGUGAAAAAGCUUCGGAAGAACAAGAAAAUGAGGAAAUAACUCCAUCAGAGGAUGAAGGCAGUUAACAAGAAGUUCAACAGGUUCCUGGAACAUGCUCUUGAUGAGCACGAGAGGGGGAGAGGAGGGGAGGGCUAUGGCGACAAGGACAUGGUUGAUGUGCUGCUUUGGCUUGCCGAUGAUCCCAACCUCGUAGUGAAGCUUGAGAGGCAUGGAGUCAAGUUAUUUACUCUGCUGUUGAGAGGUCAUGAGUUUCCCCAACGAGGAGGGAAGCCAGAGUGGAUAGCCCCGCCAAAUCCAGGAAGGAGGCCUUGGCUGAGGUUGCUCAAGAAGAUUGCUGCGUCUGACCAUUUGGUUUUGCAAUUUGAGACCUUGUUUAUCGAGUCUUCUAAAAGAGGGAGUCGGUGCGUGGUUUGUGCUAGAAGUUUGGUGUCAACUGGGCUCUGGCCUAAAGAGAACAUAUCUGGGGAGGGGCAUGCUUAUUGCGUUCACCACUUGCGCGAAUCACCAUUCUCAGUGUGCAAAAACACAGAGCGGCUGCGACAUGAUUCGGUCGUCAGUCCAUCAAAUCCACUGUAGCUCCGCCGCAAGCUCAUCAUAGAAAUUUGCCCGAUGCAGAUUCCUACACCGUCCUGAUUCAACCUCCUCCGCUGCAUUUGUUCAUUGAUCGACUUCUGCCCCAGAUUCAACUGGCUAAGUCAUCUAUCUAUACAGCUUGCGAGAAGCUGGCAUUCGAUAGCAAAAAUCCUAAUGCUGGGGAACGAAUUCGAUGGACUGCAAACAACGAAGCAUGGGCGGGGACAGGAACCGAUGUAUCAGAUCUGAUCAUGGGCCCAGUUACAAACCUCAGCUCGCAAAGCUCAAUGCCAAACUGACAACCAUUAAAUGAUUAAUCAAAUUCGAAAAUCAUUUACAAGAAAGAUAUCUAUGUCAGGAUCAUAAGUAUAGAUCUAAUGCUGCAUAAUUAACUGAAAAUUCCACUAACAGCAUAAUCAAAUAUUAGUUGAAUGACUUCAUAAAAGCUGCUGCUUUUUCCUUCUUGCUUUUUUUUUUUUU